AUGAGACAUCAAAAUAAAAACCAUAAACAAAGGCCAUCUUUCUUAUCACAGUUUUUAGUGAUUCUUUGGUUUAGAACAAAACUAUCAAUUAGAGAUAAAAAAUUCUUUAUACUUGGUAUUUUAUUACCAAUGAUUUCAAUUGGAGCAUCAAUUAUAUUGAAUAAUGUUUUAGUUUUUGGACCAGGAUCAGAUUUUCAAAAAACAAAUAAUAAUUUAAAUAAUAAUAAUAUAUUCAUUACACCAAAAACUUUAAAUUCACAACAAGAAACUCUAAUAAAUACAAUGAAAUUACAAUAUUCUCUAAAUUAUACCUAUUUAGAUGAUGAUACAGAUUUACCAAAUUAUAUUGAAAAUAAAUCAUUAUCAUCAUUAGAUUAUGGAAUAUCAUUUAUUGGUUCAAAUGGUAUAAAUAUUUAUUAUAAUUCUUCAAUUGAAUCAAUUCCAUCUUUUGUACAUUCAUUUUUUAUAUCAUUAUUUAAAAUUAAUGGAAUUAAUUUACAAUUAAAUGAAACCAUAACAGUACUAUCAAGUGAAGUAACAUUUGAUGCAUUUUAUUUAUUAAUGCCAAUGAUAUUACAAUAUGGAUUUGUAUUUUUUAUACCCUAUUUUGCAAUAUUGAUCGUCACAGAUAGAGAUAAGGGAUUCAAGAAUCAUUUAAUUUUAAAUUCACUUAGAACUAGCGUAUAUUGGUUUGGAAAUUUAGUAUUUGAUUAUUUAAUAUUUUUAAUACCAACAAUAAUUGGUUGGAUAUUAUUAUACUCUUUUAAAAUUGAUGGAAUCUAUAGUGAUAAUAGUGGUAAAUCAUUCUUACUUUUUUUAACAUUUGGUAUAUCUGCAAUACCAUUUGGAUUCGUACUUCAAUUUAUAUUCGAUAAAGAAGAAACUGCAAAUAAAUGGUUAUACCCUUUCACAUCAAUUGUUACCUCAAUACCAUCUGCUUUAAUAUCGGUUGCUUUUCCAACUUCUACACCUUUAAUAGUUGAAUUAUUAUUAUCAAUUUUACCAACUUUUUCAUUUUGUAAUGGUUUAAAAGCAUUAACAUAUAAUAAUUCUUCAACUGUAUCAUAUACAAUUUUAAUUCAAUUAUUAUCAGGUUUAAUUUAUUUAAUUUUAAUUUAUUUUAUUGAUAAUUAUAAAAAACCAAAAAAAAAUGAAAUUAUUAAUGAUGAAGAUAGUGAAUCAAUAAUUAAUAAUCAAAUUAUUGAAGAUAAUGAUGUAUUAAAUGAAAAAGAAAAGAUUAAAAGAUUAGUAAGAGAUGGUGGUGGUAAUAAUAAUAAUAAUAAAAAAAAUAAUUCUUAUCCAAAAAUAGUUGUUGAUGGAAUUUAUAAACAAUUUAUACAACCAAAACCAACAUUAGAUAAACCAUCAAUAAUUGAACGUUGUAGUGGUGGUACAAAAGCAACUAAAAAGAAUAGUAUAAUAAAGAAAGCAGUUGAUGGUAUUUGGUUUAGUGUUGAAAAGAAUGAAAUAUUUGGAUUGUUAGGUCCAAAUGGUAGUGGUAAAUCAACAUGUUUAAAUCUAUUAACUGGUUUAUUGAAAGCUGAUCAAGGCGAUGGUUACCUAUCUGGUAAAUCAAUUGAUAAAGAUAAAGAUGUAUUUCAAUCCAUUGGAUCAUGUGCACAAAAUGAUAUUCUAUUUGAAAACUUAACAAUCUAUGAACAUUUAUACCUAUUUUCAAGAUUGAAAUCAAUUACCACUACAAAAUCAGAACUUGAAGAUGAAAUUGAUUUCUACAUUAACAAAUUCUCAAUUCAAUCAUUUAAAAACAAGAAAUCAUCGGAUCUUAGUGGUGGUACAAAAAGAAAACUAUCAGUUGCAUGUUGUUUAAUUGGUGAUCCACAAGUUGUACUAUUAGAUGAACCAUCAACUUCAUUAGACCCAAUCUCAAGAAAUGAAUUACAUUCUUUAAUUGAUGAAUUAAAAGUAAACAAAUCAAUAAUUAUGACAACUCAUAGUAUAAAUGAAAUUAAUCAAUGUUGUAAUAGAGUUGCAAUAAUGGUUGAUGGUAAAAUUAGAUGUAUUGGUACACCAAAUCAUUUAAAACAUAAAUAUGGUUCAGGUUAUACAAUUGAUAUCAUUCCAAACAAUUAUUUAAAUAAUUCCUAUGAAAUUCAUAAUUUUAUGGCUCAAACAUUUCCAAAUGCAACAAGAGUUGAAAGAUUAGGUCGUUUCAUUUCUUAUGAUUUACCAAGUCAAAAUCAACAAUCAUUAUCAACAAUCUUUAGAAUAUUACAAUCAAAUAAACAAAGAUUACAGAUUUUAGAUUUUUCUGCUUCAUCUUCAAGUCUGGAAAAAGUUUUCCUAAAAUUUGCAAAUCUUCAAGAAGAAAUUAAUAAACAACAAACAAAUAACAAAAGUAAUAUUAUUAAUAAUAAUAAUAAUAAUAAUAAUAAUAAUAAUAAUAAUAAUAAUAAUAAUAAUAAUAAUAAUAAUAAUAAUAAUAAUAAUAAUAAUAAUAAUAAUAAUACAAAUAAUAAUACAAAUAAUAAUCAAUUAAUAAAUUAA